GUCACACUGUGAACAAGAUGCGCAAACACCCAGAUGCACAAGUGGCUUGCCUUGCCAGAGCAGUUUAUACCGAGUGGAAAACUUUCAUUGAAAAACAUUUGGAUAGACCUUCUAUUGAAGUCCGAAGUGAUCCUAAAACUGAAUCAUUUAGGAAAAAUGCCCAGAAACUACUCUCAGAAGCCUUGGAAUUAAAGAUGGAUCACCUACUGGUUGAAAAUAUCGAGCGGGAAACGUUUCAUCUCUGCUCCCGCCUCAUUAAUGGGCCUUACCGGCGGACGGUGAGAGCCCUGGUCUUCACAUUAAAGCAUCGAGCUGAAAUCCGGGCUCAGGUGAAGAACGGCUCGCUGCCAGUCGGCACGUUUGUACAGACCCACAAAAAGUGACCCGGCGACGGUUGCAAGCCUGGGCUGGGCAGAGAGGAAACGGGCCUCUCUUUGCCAUUCAAAGACUCUUUUGAGUUUGGGCGAUGGCUGGUGCUGGCUGUGCUGAAUUUUCCCAUGGUGCCAUUCCUUCAGACAGAGGAUGCAGAGAGCCCUGGGAGACAGGCCUGGGGAACGCGCUUCGUUAGUUAGCGGGUGCGGCCGAGCGGGACGCACGCUGGCUGUCACUGGGAAGUGCCAGACGGUGGCCAUCACCCAACACGGUACAAGGGUGACGGAUUUCGCUGUGAGUAUGCCAAGGACACCUCUAAACUCCCCCACAUCAGGCAGAUGAAGCUACUACUUUAUUUCACCACCCUGCAGGUAACUGAGACUCAAUUACCGCGGCCGCUCACUCGGUUCCGUCCCCCUGAGUUUAGAUAGCUCCGGUGCCUCUCAGAACUCCCCUGUCUGUUCUCUUUGCUCUACCCCAGGGGUGAGCCUGCCAGAGCCAGCCGACUACCCCUUCUUUCCAGAGCUCACUUAUCUGAACGUUUCAGCUCUUCCUGGAAGACCUUCUGCGUUGGUCUCUGGAGCCCCCAUGCUGAGGCCUCUAAUGAGGAACUGGCCUGAAGCCGCCCCACACCUCGGGGUUUAUUUGAAUACGUUGGCUCUCUCAGUUUAGGGCUCUGUAAAAGAUACAUAAUGAAAUUUCUCUUGAAAUGAAUUACUGUAGUUGAAAAAAAUACAUGUAUAUUUUAAAAUGAAAUGCCUCUAUGCAGGCCUGCCUGAACACUUAUGUAAAUGGCAUUUGCUUUUUAAAAGUAAUAAUAAACUAGAACUUUUUU